GUGCAUGAAGAAGCCCAGAAGAGGAGGAGAAGUCAAGAAAAGCCAUCAGGGAUGGCUCUCUCUCAGGGACCUCUGACAUUUAGAGAUGUGGCCAUCGAAUUCUCUCAGGAGGAGUGGAAGUGCCUUGACCGCACUCAAAGGGCUUUAUACAAGGAUGUGAUGUUGGAGACCUACAGACACCUGGUCUCCUUGGGAAUGUCUUGUUUUGACCUGAGUAUUAUCUCCAUGUUGGAGCAAGGGAGGAAUCCCUGGACUGUGGAGAGCCUAGUGAAAAUGGCAAGAAAAUCAAAAGGGUGGGAAUGGAUCGAGGGGGUGAUCACAGACAUUCCUCCUAAAUGUAUAAUCAAGGGUUUAACACCAAAAAAGAAGAGCAAUACAGAAGUGUUUCACACACUGAUGUUGGGAAGACAUGAAAGCCAUGGCAUUGAAGACUUUACAUAUAAGGGGAGAGAAGAUGACGGAAAUUAUAAAGGAUUGCUUAUGACCCAAGAAGAAAAUCUCACUAGUAGAAGUGAUCAACAUGAAAGAAGAGAUAAAGGAAAGAAGCUUAUUACAAAUCAGCUUGGAGUGAGCAUUCAGUCACAUCUGCCUGAAUUGCAGAUAUUUCAAGAUGAAAGAAACAUUUAUGAAUGCAGUCAAAUUGAAAAGUCUACCAAAAAUGGUUCCUCAGUUUCACCACUUCAACAAAUUCUUCCUUGUGUCAAAACUCACAUUUCUAACAAAUAUGUGAAUGAUGUUACUUAUUCUUCAUUCCUCACUCAAGAACAAAAGGCAAACAAUUGGGGAAAAUAUUAUACAUAAAAACCUUACAAAUGUAAUGAGUGUGGCAAGGGCUUCACUCAAAGCGCGCACCUGGCCCGCCACCAGAGAAUUCAUACUGGAGAGAAACCUUAUCAGUGCCAUCAAUGUGGGAAAACCUUUAUUCGACGUUCUACCCUCGCUGCCCACCAAGUGGUUCAUACUGGAGAAAAGCCUUACAAAUGUAAUGAAUGUGGCAAGGACUUCACUCAAAUCGGACACCUUGCACGUCACAGGAGAAUUCAUACUGGGGAGAAACCUUACAAGUGUGAUGAGUGUGGCAAAGCCUUUAUUGCUCGUACAGGCCUGGUUACUCAUCAGGCAACCCACACUGGAGAAAAACCUUACAAGUGUAGUGAAUGUGGCAAGGACUUCACUCAGAAUGCACACCUUGUAGUUCAUAGGCGAAUUCAUACUAGAGAGAAACCUUACAAGUGCAAUGAGUGUGGCAGAGCUUUUAGCGUACGUUCAAGCCUAGCUAUCCAUCAGGCAGUUCAUACUGGAGAAAGACCUUACAAAUGUCAUGAAUGUGGCAAAGCCUUUAGACACAAUUCAUACCUUACAAAGCAUCGGAGAAUUCAUACUGGUAAGAAACCUAACAAGUAUAAUGAGUGUGGUAAAACCUUUAGCGAGCAUUCAAACCUAACUGCCCAUCAGAUCAUCCAUACCAGUGAAAAACCUUACAAAAGUAAUGAACGUGGCAAGGUCUUUACUGAAAAUGCAUACCUUCUACAUCAUAGGGGAAUUCGUACUGGAGAGAAACCUUACAAGUGUAAUGAGUGUGGGAAAACCUUUAGUCGAUGUUCAACACUAACUAACCAUCAGGCAAUCCAUACUGGAGAAAAACCUUACAAGUGUAAAGAAUGUGGCAAGUUCUUCACUCAACGUAGAAAUUUUUUAACUCAUCGAACACUUCAUAAUGGAGAGAAAUUUUACAAAUGA